CAUCCCCUCCCCGCCAUUGGCUGCGCUAUUGGCCGCGGGCAGCACCGCCGGCUGGGCCGGUGCCGCCAUGCCGAAGCGCUCCUGCCCGUUCGGGGACGCGGCCCCGCUGCAGCUGAAAACACGCGUGGGGCUGCGCGAGCUGAGCCGCGGCGUGCGGGGCGAGGAGAUCCGCAGGGAGGUGUUCGAGCGGACCCGGCGGCUGCUCUUCAAGGGUGCCCAGGCGUUCAUGGAGGGCUCCUGGCGCUCCGGCCCCGCCGCCGGCAGCCGCUGCCCGGAGCCACUCGGGGGGCGCCGCUGGAGCGGGCAGCUGCGCAUCGGCCCCGACGGGAAACUACAGCGGCGCCCGCCCGCCGCCGAGCAGGUUCCACCUGUGGGAGUUUCCAAAGCCUGUUCAUCAUGCGUAAGAACUGCUGAUGUCAAGGAAGCGUGUACGCAGUGUGACCAGUUCAUCUGUCAGAACUGCAGCAGGCUCUGCAGCUGCUGUAACGCAGUUACCUGCUCUUUGUGCUCCACCAUUGAUUACGGAGAUGUGGGAGAGCAAGUUCUCUGCAAUGGUUGUUCAAUAUUUCAAGUCUGAAACUUGAUGAAACAGCCUUCAUGACUAAGACGUCUGUAAAUUUAAUGAAGUCUCCUCUUUACAGCUGGUCGAUUAAUCCUUUUAGCAUGUGAAUUAAUUACGGAAUUUCUAUGUUUUAUAUCUUUAUAUUGUACUUUUAAUAUUGUAGCUAAAUAAACGUUUAUAUUUUGAGGCUUUCUAAAUUAUUUCAAUUCAACUUUCUCCUUUCCUCUAGUAGUGAUGUGCCUGUCUGGAAGGGGCAACUUCAUGCUUUUACCUGGUGUUCCUUAUGUGAUAUAGAACUUAGGAUGUUCAUCCAGUGUCCCUCCACUGCUUAUGUUAGGAUGUGCUUCUGUGAUAUCGGAAUAGAAAUCAGUUGCACCUUUUGUGCUUUCAGGUGAGUGUAAAUCUAUUCUGGACAUAACAUCUUCUUUGUGAGCUAACUAAGAAAAUCAGCCAGACCUCAAGGCUUUUCCAAAACAGAGAAUGUGCUGAUUUUUGGUUAAAUUUUUUUUAAGCUGUCAAAAAUGUCCCAGGUAUACUGACAGCUUGAAUGGUUUUAAUUGUUCUUCCCAUGGCAACUUUGAUCGAAAGAACGACGGCACAGCAGGCUUGGAGGAAAAAUGCUUUUCUCAAUAGUGAAGUGUCAAAGACUAAUUUUCCUUUGCAAGGUCCUUUUUGGAAAGCAGCUUGUUUGCGUAAGUUUAUCAUCUACACUCUAAACUUCACUCUGUUCUGAAUACCCACUCAAAAAUAGCUCAUGAAAUGGUCUGAAAAAUGGUCAGCACUCAAGUGUGCAUCUCCAUAAACUGGCUCAUUCCUUAUUAUCCUUUCCUGUCACUGCAGAGACCAGUUUGGUUUGUAUUGUCCGUGUUGAAAGAGUGAGACUAUCAUUAAGUGCUACUGAAAGCCAAGGAAAGUAACUUUCUUUUAUUAUCUUUCCUGUUUUAAAAAUAAAUAAAUAUUGCAAACCAGUCAUACAUGAGACAAAACUACAGUGGUCUUUACCUUGGGGGGAAAAAAAUGACUUAAGCCGCUGAUUUCAGACUGUAGGGAAAAAAGGAACAAAUUUGAGAGAAAAAAGAAGCUGUCAUAGCACUCAAAGCUAAUUCUGUUUGCCAAAUUAUUUGCCCUGAAUUCCUGAAGGAAAGUCUCGUGCUACCCAGUCUUCUCAACUGUGAUCAGUAUGCUUUGCAGGGAGAAGAAGAAAUUGAAAGGCCCUUACAAUGCAAGUUGAGAGACUUGUGUCUCUCUUGUGGGGACAUCUUCACUUGUGCUGUUGAAGGCAUUGUUAGGAUGUCCAAGGAGGCGAAUCACUUUACCGCUACGUCAGCCAUUUGUGUGCUAGCCUAGUCUGGCUGAUGGAUCCA